AUGAGAGGAUGCUACAGAUUAAACUCCACGGAAGACGACGACGACGACGACGAGUGCUAUGCGAUGAAGGAUGAGGAAGCGAGAAAGAUGCAACCUUCACCGUUAUCCAUGGUUGUCGCCGACAUUAUCGAAUUCUUUAAUGUCUCAUGGAACAAUAUCCAUAGUCAUUAUAAUUGUGGCGGGAUGUCGUUGUGCAGAGAUGCUAAGUUCCAAGAUCUUAAAAUGUUCGUGGAUUGUCACGAAAAAGAACAAUUAAACAUCUACGAACAACUAUUGAAUGAUCCGGAACGUUUCAACAAAUAUACGCGGAUGAUUGAUACUCCUGAUGGCACCGUACUAUUCGAUUUCUCCAAACAUCGGAUAUCCGACACCACAUUUGAGAAGUUGAUGGAAUUGGCCAAAUCACGUAAUGUGGAAAUGAUGCGUGAAGCAAUGUUCAGCGGUGAACGCAUAAACUUCACCGAAAACCGUGCAGUACUUCAUAUUGCACUGCGGAACCGAAGUAACACACCUAUAACUGUCGACGGAAAGGAUGUGAUGCCCGAUGUGAAUCGUGUCUUGGCUCACAUGAAAGACUUCUGUGAACAAAUUAUCAGCGGAACUUGGACUGGCUAUACUGGGGAGAAAAUCACGGACGUCGUCAACAUCGGUAUUGGAGGAUCAGAUCUCGGUCCUCUUAUGGUGUGUGAGGCACUGAGACAUUACCAAAUUGGGCCAAACGUACAUUUCGUCAGUAACGUUGAUGGGACACACAUUGCAGAGGUUACCAAAAAACUCAAACCUGAAAAUACGUUGUUCAUCAUCGCCUCGAAGACUUUCACCACCCAAGAAACCAUAACCAACGCUGAAACCGCAAAAGAGUGGUUUUUGAAAAAGGCCGGAAAUGCAUCAGCUGUAGCGAAACAUUUUGUGGCACUCUCAACAAACGUCCCGAAAGCGACACAAUUUGGCAUCGACCCCUCGAAUAUGUUCGAAUUUUGGGAUUGGGUAGGCGGAAGAUAUUCGCUUUGGUCAGCUAUUGGACUCUCCAUUGCUGUUCAUGUUGGCUUUGACAACUUCCAAAAACUUCUCGAAGGUGCUCACGCAGCUGAUCUACACUUCACCAGCCAACCACUCGACCAAAAUGUACCUGUCAUAAUGGCAAUGUUGGGGGUACUAUACAGCAACAUUUAUGGGGCUGAAACUCAUGCACUGCUCCCAUACGACCAAUAUCUACAUCGCUUCGCAGCGUAUUUCCAGCAGGGAGACAUGGAGAGCAACGGGAAAUUCGUCACGAGGGACGGGAACCGGGUAGACUAUUCCACUGGACCCAUUGUUUGGGGAGAGCCAGGUACCAACGGCCAACAUGCGUUCUACCAGCUGAUUCAUCAAGGCACUCGAUUGAUUCCAUGUGAUUUCAUCGCUCCUGCGAAAACCUUGAAUCCAGUACGUAAUGGACUUCAUCAUCAGAUCCUUCUUGCGAAUUUCUUGGCGCAAACAGAGGCCCUUAUGAAGGGUAAGAGCCGAGAAGAAGCGGAGGCAGAGCUAAAAGCUGCAAACACUCCAGCGGAGAAUAUCGACAGAAUCCUGCCGCACAAGGUAUUCGAGGGUAACCGUCCAACGACAUCAAUCGUGUUGCCUGUGGUUUCUCCAUUCACCCUUGGUUUGCUUAUUGCUCUCUACGAACACAAAAUCUUUGUACAGGGUGUAGUCUGGGAUAUCAACAGUUAUGACCAAUGGGGAGUUGAACUAGGAAAACAGCUAGCAAAAGUUAUCCAACCAGAGCUUGCCGCUUCAGGACCUGUUACUUCACAUGACGUUUCCACUAAUGGUCUAAUCAACUUCAUCAAAUCUCUUUAA